AUGGCUUCAAUUUCUUAUUUCAACCUAUUACCAGUAAAAAGGUUCUGUAUCUCCGUCCAGAAUUCAAAAUUCACAUCGAAACCGUCUCUUUCUCCUGUGAAUGUAAUCAGUUUCUCGGCUAAAAUCGCAUCACAGAACUCCAAUUUAAACAAUGAACUUUCGAAGCCGAAGCAGAAAUUUUCGGUCCGAGCAGUGAGCGAUGAUGAGUGGGGUCCAGAAAAAGAGCCGGAUGCCUCAGCGGUAGCAGUGGCAGAGGAGCCACCAACGGAGCCUUCUGAAAUUGACAUACUGAAGAAGCAAUUGGUGGACUCUUUCUAUGGAACAAACAGAGGUUUGACUGCCAGUAGUGAGACGAGGGCGGAGAUUGUUGAGCUGAUCACACAGCUUGAGGCGAAAAACCCGACUCCGGCACCCACUGAGGCUUUGACCCGGCUCAAUGGAAAAUGGAUUCUUGCGUACACAUCUUUUGCGGGUUUGUUCCCAUUGUUAUCAAGGGGAACACUGCCAUUGGUGACUCUCGAGGAGAUAUCACAGACCAUUGACUCGGAGAAUUUCACAGUACAGAACUGUGUGGUCUUUGCUGGGCCCUUGGCAACCACCUCAAUAAGUACCAAUGCCAAAUUUGAAGUUCGAAGUCCCCAGCGUGUGCAGAUAAAGUUCGAAGAAGGAAUCAUAGGCACUCCUCAGCUGACCGAUUCCAUUGUAUUACCAGAAAAUGUGGAAUUUCUGGGACAAAAGAUUGAUCUCACACCCUUCAAAGGUUUGCUCAGUUCUGUCCAAGACACCGCUUCCUCUGUUGCAAAAACCAUUUCUAGCCAGCCACCACUGAAGUUUCCCAUUUCCGGCAGCAGGGCGGAAUCGUGGCUUCUAACAACAUACCUUGAUGAUGAUCUUCGGAUCUCGAGAGGAGAUGGUGGCAGUAUUUUUGUCCUCAUCAAGGCAGGCAGCCCCCUUCUGUCUCCGUAG